AUGCUAUCGGGGAGGUUGGUUAAAUGGAUGCUUCUACUUUCAGAAUAUACGAUCACUUACGAACUAGCAAAAGCAGUGAAGGGACAAGCAGUAGUAAAUUUCCUAGCAGCUCACCCCGUACCAGAUAAUGAAACAAUCAGUGAUGAUUUUCCAUAUGAACAGGUAAUGAUGAUAGAACCUCUUAAUUUGUGGCAAAUGUACUUCGAUGGCGCUUCCAAGAUUUCAGGAACUGGUGCUAGAGUGAUAUUCAUUACUCCUCAGGGUGACCUAUUACCAUAUUCCUUUACAUUGGUAAUUGGAGUUUAUGAUCACACGCCGAACUACACUCGAUCACCAGAGGAGUAUCCUUCAGCAGCUAACAGCGGCCGACUGUUAAAAGGCAAAGUUGCAAUUAUAACCGGUGGGGCCAGAGGGAUCGGUGCGGCCACCGCCAAGCUGUUCGCCCUCAAUGGGGCCCACGUUAUCAUCGCUGACAUCCUCGAUGAUCUGGGUCCCACUCUCGCUGAUUCAAUCGAUGGCCGCUACAUCCACUGCGACGUGGGGAGGGAAUCCGACGUCGAAUCAGCCGUCAACCUGGCGCUGGCAUGGCGGGGCCAGCUUGAUAUCAUGUUCAGCAAUGCCGGUGUGGCGGGCCCGUUUGGGAGCAUCACCAACCUGGACAUGGACAAGAUGAAGGACUUGCUCGACGUCAACAUCUGUGGUAUGGUGCAUGGGAUCAAGCACGCGGCACGUGCAAUGAUCAGGGGCAAGAGAGGGUCCAUCAUAUGCACAUCCAGCUCAGCUGCUAUCAUGGGUGGGCUCGCUUCCCACGCAUACAGCUUAUCGAAGGAGGCCGUGCUGGGUCUGGCCCGUAGCACAGCAUGUGAGCUGGGAGUGCAUGGUAUACGUGUGAACUGCAUAUCGCCACAUGGCGUGCCAUCGGAGAUGCUGGUGACCGCAUAUCGGAAUUUCUUUGGGAAGGCCGAUAUGGGGCCUGAAGAGGUGGGCCGGAUCGUGGGCGAAACGGGAAGUCUGCUACGUGGACGGAGUGCUAGCAUGGAGGACGUGGCACAAGCUGCAUUGUUUUUAGCCAGCGACGACGCCGGCUUCAUUACCGCUCAUAAUCUCAUCGUCGACGGAGGAUUUACCUCAGCUUUUAGUACCAUGAGCUUCAUUUACCAGUAAAAAUGACAAAAAUUAGAAUUAGUAGAAUACUUGUUGGGGAUGAUUUGGUAAAAGUAUAGAACUAUGGUAGGAGUAUUUGGGACAUUGCAAAAUGUAGGCCGUGAAAUUAAUGAAUUGAACACUUUUUUUU